AUUUAUCUUUAGUUCAAGAAGCUCGCGCCGAUGUGCAGCGUGGAGAAGCGCGCCGGCGGCGAGCCUCAACUCGCUCCCCAGGAGAAGCAGCUCGGCAUCCUGACCCAUGAGCUUAAGGAAACACUGCUAUGUAUCAACCUAGCAAAAAAAGGUCUGCACGGCCUCCGCGACCGUCAAACGAAGAAGACCACCCGCCACUCCAUCAUGGAGUACGAGCAUUUAGACCUGGAAGUGCGAGACGAACGCAACCAGCAGACUGAGCUGGACUGCCUCAACUACCUGGCUACCAAGCAGAUGCAGGACCUGCUGAAGAAAGUGCCUACGGAAGCUGAUGAGUUGGCAAUGAUCGAAGACGCAGCCGCUCGUCUCCGGCGAAUGGAAAACCGGCUGGAUUUAGCCACCAAACGAUUCUGCGUCGUCAACUCUGACAACAAGCAUGUGCGUGAAGAAAUCCACCGGCUGAUGGUUGAGAGGAACAGCUUCAACAUCCAAUGGAACCGUACCAUCGGCAAGCUGGUGAAGGGCAAGGAGUACCUGAUGGACAUUUUCGAGAUCGCCGCCCUGGCCUUCGGGGACCGCGACGAGUGCAUUAGGAAGCUGGAGGCGCUCAAGUGGAAGGGACUCUUCCAGCUGAAUAGGGAUAUUGCGGAAAUGCAAUCCUACGAAGGCGAAAUCAACCACCUGGCCAAACUGGAGGAGUUCCUCCGCGUGAAGGGCUCCCGAAGGAUUUGCGAAGCCGACGAGAUAGAAGAAAUUAAGAGGCAGGAGGAGAUACAGCGAUGUGAGAGCGAGAUAGCCAGAUAUGAUGCCCUGCUGAAUGAGAUCUUUAACUACGCGGGCACCAGCCGAGUAAGCAGCGUCAUCAACAACUUCGUGGCGAAGGAGAUGCAGAAUUUCCAGUGCUUCGUGUUACUGUGCGAAGUUCUGCAGGAGUCCAUUUUCCUGCGACGGGGGCUGACAAGAGCCAGGCAACUUAUAUUGGAUCAGCGCGACAUCAACGAAGCCCGAGAGGAGAUGCAAACCAAACGUCUCGUCAGCAUGAGACUAGAAUUAGACCAGCAGAGGGUCAAAGUCCAGGAGAAGAGAGACCUGGAGACAGCUGCUGAAAACACCAUCACCAAGGUGCUGAAAGGCAUCGACGACUUAGUCAAACUGGCGAAGUGUGACACCACGCCGCUCCUGUCCCUGCUGGGUAACCACCGGGAGACCACCAAAUGGAACGUCACCAAGUUUCUGCGGAUCCUCGAGGCUGAGGUCAAGAGUCUCAUCGAAGUCUGCUACGGUGCUGUGAAGCCGCCAGCCCCAACCCCCAAGGGCGGCCGUAAAGGACCGGAGCAGCCCACUGUCAAGCUAGUGGCAGAUCCCUACGUUGUGGCUCUGCGUCCUAAUAGGAUUGAGAAACUGGUGCCCUACCAGCCUUGCGCUUAUUGCGUGGAGGACUACAUCAUGAACCUGAUCUUCGAGACUCUGGCUGUGCCCGCUGACCGUGAUUAUGUGGAGACCAUCUUCCACCUUGAAGCAAUCAACACCAAGUUUGGGAUCUACACGCUUACUAACCCAGCAAAACGUCACCCGUACCGGCAGAGUAAGGGAGAAUAGUUGAUUUUCUCUACGCGGCAAAAUAAUCUCUUAAUAUUAGAUUACGCAAAGUGUCCGUAUAUAGAUUCAGAGUUUUGAUAUAGAAUUAAAAUGUG